CAGUGCACGAUGUUAUAUAAUCUGCUGUUAUAUCCCACAGUGCACGAUGUAUAUCAUCGACCCUAACUGGACUAUUCAGGUUGAUCCCACGACAACAGCUGGAGAUAACGGAGAUCCUGCACGAGAUGGACCGGGCCGGGUGGGACGUGAAGAGAGCCGAACUGCUGGUGCUGUUGACGCCGGACUGCGUUGAAAAACAAUGGUGGUGGACUUGCGUCGACUUGCCGGCGGACUCGUGUUCCGGAAAAGUCCCAGACAGAACCUGCACCGGAGAGGAAAAGAACCGACAAAAAGUUCGGCCGGCGGCCACGACAGUUCGGUGCGGGUGUGGACCAUGGACACCAAGACGUGCAUGCAGGAGUUCAGCGCCCACCACAAGAAGUCUGGCGAGUGCGUCCAUGAUGUGACCUUCCACCCGGCCAGAUGUUACAUCGGCAAAUGCCCUGGCCAAGGUCUUUGUGUGACCCGGGGGUGGACUCGGGCUGGCUCCGGGUCGUAAAACAAACACGCCUGCCGCGUCUUGUUUGUUUGUCACGAGCGCGUGCCUUUUCUUACUUCCUGUCUGUCGAGGUGUGGCCACGUCACUGUGCACUUUGACCUUUCGAUGGCGUUCAAGACGAGCUCUAAAAAAAAAAAAAAAAAAGACAUGGAAAGGGACAAGCGGUAGAAAAUGAACGGAUGGAUGGAAUAAAAACUGUCAAAUGUUUGAUUUUUGUUGCAAAAUGUAAUAACAAUAUUAGCAUUUUCAUGCUAAUGCUCGUUAGCUUUUUUUGUCAGUAAAAUGUUUGUAAAACUUGAAAAUAGAUUUUGGAGGGCAAAAAAAGUAUUUUAUUGAACUUUUAUUAUUUCCUCAUGCACUCUGUAAAAGCUGAGACGCUAACAAAGAAUAAUUAUUUAUAUAUAAUAAUAGUAUUAAUCUUGUCCACAAGCGUGUACAGUAGUAGCCUAUUAGCCAACAUGAUUUAUUAUUUUUUAUUUGCAUUGAUUUAUUAUUUAUUAUUAUUAAAACAUUAUUAACGUUGAUCCUGUUGAAUUCUGUUUUAUUAAUUAUCUUUUCAAUAUGUGAUACAAAUAUUCUGUGUUUACUGUGUUUUAUGGAGCUGGUGACGUAAUGCGUGACGUCAUCGAGCGCAAGGCAAGGUGUCCGCCAGGAGGCGAUAGUGAUCUCGGUGCUGAGAGUCGCUGCUGAUUACUCUUCGUACAAGACGUCAGGCAGUUCGCUGCUGUAAACAAAGCAGUUGGUCGCGUCCUGCUUUCCUCACUUAUAAAUCUGCUAGUUUGGACCACAAGAUGAUCGCCAAAACACAUCUGCGACUUUGACGCUGAGGCUGCCAUGACCCGGUCCACAGUCUGACUGGAAGAGAAUGGCCGCGGAGCUGUUUCCCACGAAGAAGCUGGUUCCGUCCGCCUCCGUCCAGCAGUACCAGCAGCAGAACCUGACCAACAACAACACCUCCACCUGCUGCAACUGGCAGGGCCUGUACUCCACCAUCCGGGAGAGGAACUCGGUCAUGUUCAACAACGAGAUGAUGGCUGACGUCUACUUCGUGGUCGGACCUCCUGGCGGGACUCAGCGGGUUCCGGGCCACAAGUACGUCCUGGCGGUGGGUAGCUCCGUGUUCCACGCCAUGUUCUACGGCGAGCUGGCCGAGGACCAGGACGAGAUCCGCAUCCCCGACGUGGAGCCACCGUCGUUCCUGGCCAUGUUGAAGUACAUCUACUGCGACGAGAUCGAGCUGUGCGCCGACACGGUGCUGGCCACGCUGUACGCCGCCAAGAAGUACAUCGUGCCCCACCUGGCCCGCGCCUGCGUCAACUUCCUGGAGACCAGCCUGAGCGCCAAGAACGCCUGCGUGCUGCUGUCGCAGAGCUGCCUGUUCGAGGAGCCCGAGCUGACGCAGCGCUGCUGGGAGGUGAUCGACGCGCAGGCCGAGCUGGCGCUGCGCUCCGAGGGCUUCUGCGACAUCGACGCGGUGACGCUGGAGCGCAUCCUGCGGCGCGAGACGCUCAACGCCAAGGAGAUGGUGGUGUUCGAGGCGGCGCUGGGCUGGGCCGAGGCGGAGUGUCAGCGGCGGGAGCUGCAGCCCAGCAUCCAGAACAAGCGCCUGGUCCUGGGCAAGGCCAUCUACCUGAUCCGCGUGCCCACCAUGGCACUGGAGGACUUCGCCAACGGGGCGGCGCAGUCGGGCGUGCUGACGCUCAACGAGACCAACGACAUCUUCCUGUGGUACACGGCCGCCAACAAGCCCGAGCUGCUGUUCUGCAGCAAGCCUCGCCAGGGUCUGGCGCCGCAGCGCUGCCACCGCUUCCAGUCCUGCGCCUACCGGAGCAACCAGUGGCGCUACCGCGGACGCUGCGACAGCAUCCAGUUCGCCGUGGACAAGCGCGUCUUCAUCGCCGGCUUCGGCCUGUACGGCUCCAGCUCCGGCUCGGCCGAGUACAGCGCCAAGAUGGAGCUGAAGCGGCAGGGCGUGGCCAUGGCGCAGCGCGUCAUCAAGUACUUCUCGGACGGCUCCAGCAGCACCUUUCCCGUCUGGUUCGAGUACCCGGUCCAGAUGGAGCCCGACACCUUCUACACGGCCAGCGUGGUCCUGGACGGCAACGAGCUCAGCUACUUCGGCCAGGAGGGUAUGACCGAGGUGCAGUGCGGCAAGGUCACCUUCCAGUUCCAGUGCUCCUCCGACAGCACCAACGGCACCGGCGUGCAAGGCGGACAGAUCCCCGAACUCAUCUUCUACGCCUGAACUCCCUCUUUUCCUGGGAGUCGUCUUCUCGUGGACCUUCUUGCCUUAAACAUGAAGACUCCAGAGGCAACACUUGACUUCACGCUUUUAUUUUGAAAGCCCCAGCGUAACGGUGAUGUCAGUGUUGUCUGUUGAAUGUGUGUGAUGGCGACAGUGGCCUUAAUCCUGGAAAUAAAACACUCCAUUAGACACACCCCUUAAUCCUGGAAAUAAAACACUCCAUUAGACA